AUGUUAUUGCACAAUAAAUUUAAAAUUGAAAAGAACUUGCUGAAUAUCCUAUAUACGGCAGAAAUUAUAUGUCAGCAUCGUUUUGCGUGGGGUAUGGCAAGUUCAUGUUUUAGCAAUGUGGAUGAAUAUGGUUUUGAAAGACCUCAUGAUUUUGAUUAUGAAACCUAUGAAGAUUUUAUGUCAGAAUACCUCAAAGUACUUGCUAAAAGAGCGAAGAAGUGGUCUGAAAUUAUUGGAGAGGGAAAAUCAUUACAACGUAAUAUUACAAUAAAAAGAUAUGUCCGUAAAGGAAUACCAGGAGAACAUAGAGGAUUAGUAUGGCUUUCUGUCAGUGGAGGAGAAGAAUUGAAAAAUGCAGAUCUUGAUCUGUAUCAGAAACUAUUACAACCACCACAUAAUAAACAAGUUGCAGAUGUCAUCAAAACUGAUCUGCCAAGAACUUUUCCUGAUAAUAUAUUUUUUAAUAAUACAGAAAAUCAACAGUAUCAAUUAUAUAAUAUUCUAUUAGCAUUUGCUCAUCAGAAUAAAACAGUAGGAUAUUGUCAAGGCUUGAAUUAUAUAGCAGGUUUAUUAUUGCUUGUUACAAAAAGUGAAGAAACAGCAUUUUGGUUAUUAAAAGUCUUAAUAGAAAAAAUUUUACCUGAGUAUUAUACCCCGACAAUGGAUGGUCUACUUACAGAUAUUGAUGUGCUUGCAGAAUUAGUCAAAAUAAAAAUGCCAGAUAUUUAUCAACAUGUAACGAAUAUAGGCUUACCUUGGGCAGUUAUUACAACGAAAUGGUUUGUGUGCUUGUUUGCAGAAGUCUUGCCAAUUGAGACUACGCUGCGUAUAUGGGAUUGCCUUUUUUAUGAAGGCAGUAAAAUUAUAUUUCGUGUUGCAUUAACUCUGAUAAAAAGGAAUAAAUGCAACUUGCUUGCUUGUCAAGAUUUUACAACAUUAGCAGAAUGCUUUAAAGAAAUAACAAAAGACAGUAUUGUUUUAAAAUGUCAUGACUUUAUGCAGAGUAUAUUUAAAGUACCUGGAUCACUGCCUGGUAGCACAAUUAUUAAACUAAGAACAAAAAUAUCACGACAACGUAUGGAACAAAAAGAGAAUAAAUUAGGACGAUAG